GCUUGGCAUUGCAACUACUGAUUCCCUUGGGCAAGAAUCAGAACUGCUGACGAUCAGACCAGCGCCCGGCAAUGUACCUUGUUACCAUGUUUUGCCACUCGAAGCAGUGGCCGCCUGGUCACAAUUUGAUAGGGGAGCGAAGUCCCUUUGAUUGGCUUCGUUGCUUUCGAUUGCACGCUGACCUCUCCUGCCAGAUUUUCUUCACGAAUUCAGGCCCAUAGAUAGUACAUAGCUUACAUUUUCUCACCUGUCUCACCUCCGUACAGAGGAAACACUUCUUGAUGGUGGGGUCCCGGCCUCUGGCCGUCUGGCUCGUUGUGUUGGUUUGGGGUUGGUUGGUUUGUGUUUUGGGGGUUUGCUUGUGUUCUUUUCCCACCAUCUUAGAGUGUUCCCUUUCCCUUCAAUGAUGACCUGGGCACUCCGCCCACAUGGCGUCCGCACUCGUGGAAAAAUAAAUGUUCCCUGAGGCCUUGACCCAGCACAUACAUGCCCCCAAGUUUGUGGCAGAGUUGUCAUUCUCUGUGUCCCUUGCCCUCCGACGUUACCAGGAGAAGCUGCAGCAACUGAGAGGCAGACUGAUUGCCCAGCAUUCUGUAUGCCUGCUCUUCGUCUUCACCGAUGCCUUCUUCGAGCUCCCUGGAGUGCCGAAACUCCCAAAGGCAGACGUCGGAGGAAUGCUGUUCAGUGAGCAUGCAGAGCUGGUAUCAUGGUUUUCUUGGCAGCUGCCUUCUUCUAUGCUGGUCGAUUUCAUCGAUGCCGGUGCCAAGACCCUGAUCUUUGAACUCGAGUUUCUUGCAGUCUUGCUGGCGAUUGAAUGCUGGCAUUGGAGACUGACACUUGGCGAAGUCAGAGGUGUGAUGGAAUCGUUGCCACAAACUCUCAAGUUCCUAAUUGAGACACUUUCCGCUGGGUUGGUACCGCUGCUCGCUGUGUUUUUGCGAGUCAUUUCAGCCAUGCUUUGGCAUUUAUUCGUGCUCAUAUCCGCCACUGUUUGCGUCCUUUCUUGGGCUGCGGAAACGGAAUGCAAAACUGCGACUUCUUCAAAGUCAUCCGGGCUUCUUCAGGUGAUGACGCGAACUGGAUCAGAAGUGGAGGUCUCGCAUCAGCUGAGAGUUCGUUGGAUUCAAAAGAUGCAGAAGGACCCUGACCUGCUUGUGAAGGCAGCCAAACAGGUGGGGAUUGACUUACCUCACCUUUCCGUUUUGAACACGUGGAACGCGAGCAGCUUCGUGGAUCUCACCUCCCCAAGCCCAACGUUGUCGGACGUGGAGCAAAAAUUGGACAACGAAAUCACGAGUGAUACAGAUUACAGCAAUGUUGCAAACGGCGCUACCAAAGCAAUCGCUUCGUUCUUCAGCAAAUUGGCAACUGGCACUGAUGUCCAGCUGCAAGAUGCCCUUGGAGCUGCCUGGGAAGGGGGUGGAAGUGACCUGCUCAUUGCAGGAGUCGCACUGAUCAAUCCGGCUGUGGCCAUCCUUGCAACGUUCUCGCUGCCUUUCAUGUCAUUGCUCACGGGUGGUCCAGAAAGCAGUCCCUACCAAGAUCUGUAUAACACCGUGAUGAAGGAGGUGAAGGUAUUGAUAGUAACAGCUGGGUUGAAAAGGGCGCAGGCCCAGAUGCAGAUUCUUGCAAACGACCUGGAAGUUCUACCCGGCUUUCUUUCCAGAAAGUACACGACUCCAACAGAUGUUGAGAAAAGCAUUCGCCUGUCUUUCUUCCUCACCCUGCAGUAUCAAAUGGGCCUUGUGCAGGCUGACCUAUUCCAGGAGUGCUACACCGGUAGUACGGAGAGUUAUGACUGCAAAACGGUAGGUAUGAGAUGUACCGUGUUUCCAGCUCUGGCCCAUGCCCAGCUUCACAUGGCAAUUUUCACGGAGUUGAUGGCAGCAAUGCCAGAGUAUCGCUCUCAAUUUGAGAAACAAGCAAAAGCUCAGGCCAGGACCUACUUCAGAAUCUGUCUGCGGAUGUAUGAGUAUUGCCGAUCAGAUGGAAAUGACAGACCUUGGGCUCAGACGAGGGCUGACGAAGUGCAAGAGAAAACCUAUGAACAGCUGACUUGGCUUGCAGGGCUUUAUGGAGAAACUCCUGACUUAAUGCACUUGCAGAGGAUGAUUUUUUUGCCUGACCGUGAUGUUUCAUCUUUCACUUCACAAUCUGCAGGCUGGGUCGAUUCUCAAUCUGGACAUCUCCUACGCGGCUUCUACGUCAAGGAUGGUGGUGGUUCUCACACAGACCAAAUCACGAAGUAUCGGGAAGUAUCGUUUCCUUCGUCUUAUUCUUCAGGGGACAUGAAGUUGCUUGAUGUGACAUUGAGGAACCAUUGUGAAAGGCAAAGUGUUCCUUCCAGAAGCGGACAAGGAUAUCGCACUGUGUGUUACGACACCCGCUAUUUGCGGUGUCCUGCCGGCUGGUUCGUCUAUGGCUUGUAUCGUAAACACAGUGGCAUAACGGGCUUGACAAGGGUUGAUUGCCGCAGACCCAAAAGUGCCGAAAAGACACAUCUGAAUUGUGAGGAAUUAUAUUUGUCGGCACUUGAUAGUGGGACUGUGAACUCCUGGAUGGAGUGUCCUGAACACAAGUUGAUAACAGAACUGGUCAUCGAUGACUGGGAGGCUUUUUUGGCUUGGAACCGAGAUGGCAUGGACAGGCUCAACCGAAUGACGUGCUGCGAUGUGAAGUGGUAGACAGGAAUGGCAAGAGGGCACCAAAAGAGCACGGGUUAAACACCG